AUGGCCACUGGCGAAGCUAGGCCUGAUGUUUACUGUGUCCAGUCGUACUUGUACUUGAUCCGAUUAGCUCCUGUUUUUGGAUGGAUCAGCUUCACGGAUAGCGGUGGCCCAUUGGCGGCGACGGGAAGCGGGCUCCUUGCAGAUGCCAACCCUGGCUUCACCCUCAUGGGGUUGCCUUCUGUCAAAGUGGAUCCCUCAACUGCUGAGGAGGAGCUACUGCCCGAACGUCUGCUGGACUCCUCUGCACCACCAGCGUCACACGUGCUGGUUCUACGAACCCGGCUUGUUCUCCAAAACUUUCGCUGGCUGGCGACGGAAUUUCCCAGUCUCCUGUCUUGGCGUGAGACAGACUCCCUCCCAGGUGGCGCUUUUGAGGUGGUGAACAGGGACGCCGUCAGCUUGCCCACAGUCGCCCCUGAGAAAGUCCUCAACGCUCACGAG